UUGCUACCAUUCCAUUCACCUCACAAUUCAUCUUUUCAAUUCUUUCUUUUUCUCAAAAAAUGGCUGAUGCUUUAAUUGGAGUUGCGUUUGAGAAUUUGAUAUCUCUGCUUCAAAAUGAAUUUUCAACCAUUUCUAGAAUCAGUUCAAAGGCUCAAAAGCUAUCAAACAACUUAGAUCUGAUCAAGGCUGUUCUUGAAGAUGCUGAGAAGAAACAACUCACAGACCACUCUAUUAAGGUAUGGCUACAACAACUCAAAGAUGCUGUAUAUGUGCUCGAUGAUGUCCUUGACGAGUGUUCCAUUCAAUCCAAUCGACUUAAGGGCUUAUCUUGUUUCAAACCAAAGAAUAUCAUUUUCCGCCAUAACAUUGGAAACAGGUUGAAAGAAAUUACAAGCAGAUUCGAUGAAAUUGCUGACAGGAAGAACAAGUUUCUUCUACAACAGGGUGUUACUGCCAAGGAAAUGACAGUCGAAGUGGCUGAAUGGCGUCAAACCAGCUCAAUUAUUGCUGAACCCAAAGUAUACGGACGAGAAGAUGAUAAAGAGAAGAUUGUCGAGUUUCUUCUCAACCAAGCGAGGAGGGACUCUAACUCUCUUUCCGUCUAUCCCAUUGUUGGCUUAGGUGGUGUUGGAAAAACAACUCUCGCUCAAUUGGUCUACAAUGAUCAAAGGGUGAGUACCACCAAUUUUGAUACAAAGAUAUGGGUUUGUGUUUCUGAAUCUUUCUCGAUCAAGAGAAUUCUAUGUUCCAUUAUAGAAUCUAUCAAAUGUGAGAAGUGUGAUGUCUUGGAUUUAAAUGUAAUACAAAGAAAGGUGCAGGAACUUUUGCAAGGUAAAAGAUUUUUACUUGUUUUAGAUGAUGUUUGGAACAAAAAUGCAGAACUGAAAUUCGGAUUGAGCCAGGAGAAAUGGAACCAGUUGAAAUCAGUGUUGUCCAGUGGAUCCAAAGGUAGUUCUUGUUUAGUUUCCACUCGUGAUGAGGUUGUCGCAUCAAUCACGGGAACAUGUCAAGCUCAUUAUUUAUCUGGUCUCUCUGAAAAUGAAUGUUGGUUGUUAUUCAAACAAUAUGCAUUUGGAAUUGACAGAGAAGAACUAGUAGAGCUUGUGGAAAUAGGCAAGGAGAUAGCGAAAAAGUGCAGGGGGUUGCCUCUCGCUGCACAAGCAUUGGGAGGUCUAAUGCGCUCAAGGUAUGCAGAAAAAGAAUGGCUUGAAAUUAAAGAAAGCGGACUUUGGGAUCCACCGAGUGACAAUUAUGUUUUGCCAGCCUUGACAUUAAGCUAUUCUUAUUUAACGCCGACCUUAAAGCAAUGUUUUGCUUUUUGUGCUAUAUUUCCCAAAGAUACAAUAAUGUUGAAGGAAGAACUGAUUCAUCUUUGGAUGGCUCAUGGAUUUAUUUCAUCUAGGAAAAAUUUGGAGGUUGAAGAUAUUGGCCACAUGAUGUGGAAUGAAUUGUGCCAAAAAUCAUUCUUUCAAGACAUUAUGAUGGAUGGAUAUGCUGGAGACAUGUCAUUCAAGAUGCAUGAUCUUGUCCAUGAUCUUGCUCAAUCAAUAAUGGGGCAAGAAUGUUUGUAUUUGGAGGAUGCCAACAUGACUAGCUUGUCAAAAAGCACACACCACAUAAGUGUUCACUCUGAUGACUUGUUAUCAAUCGAUAAGGGAGCCUUCAAAAAAGUUGAAUCCUUGCGAACAUUUUUUCAGUUGAACCCAUAUCCUAAAAAAAACCAUCAUUACUUCCCAACAAACUGUUUUCUUCGGGUUUUGCGCACAUCCUUUAUCCAUGCACCGUCACUAGGGAGUUUAAUUCAUUUAAGGUAUUUGGAACUUCGUUCCCUUGACAUUGAAACGUUGCCCGACUCAAUUUACAACUUACAAAAAAUAGAAAUCUUGAAAAUAAUAGGUUGUCAUAAACUGAGUUGUCUUCCAAAACGCUUGGUUUGCUUACAAAAUCUUAGACAUUUAGUCGUUGAUUUUUGUGAUUCCCUGUCUAGCUUGUUUCCAAACAUUGGAAAAAUAUCUUGCUUAAGAACAUUAAGUUUAUACAUUGUUAGUUUAGAGAAAGGUAAUAGCUUGGCAGAGUUACGUGAUCUAAACCUAGGUGGAGAACUGAGUAUUGAAGGCUUAAAUAAUGUUGGCAGUUUAGCUGAAGCUCAAGAGGCCAAUUUGAUGUGUAAAAAAGACCUUCGAGUAUUACAGUUGUCAUGGAAAAUAAGAAGUGAUGAAUCUACAAAGACCUCUGCUAUUAAUGCUGAACAACUACUUGAAGUGCUUCAACCUCACUCAAAUCUCAAGAGGUUACAAAUAGAUUACUAUGAAGGAUUAUUGUUACCAAGUUGGAUAAGCUUUCUUAGUAAUUUAGUUUCUCUUAAACUUUGGGAUUGCAUGAACUGUGUGCGGCUUCCGUUAAUUGGUAACUUACAAUCUUUAAAAAAACUGGAAUUAAACAAUAUGGUUAGUCUUAAAUACUUGGAUGAUGAGUCUCACGAUGGUAUAGGGUUCCAAUCUCUGCAGGAACUCUAUUUAUCGAACUUACCAAACAUAGAGGGGUUAUUGAAAGUGGAAAGAGGGGAGGCAUUUCCUUGUCUUUCUCAUAUGUUAAUCAACUCUUGCCCUAAACUUGGACUACCAUGUCUUCCAUCUCUUAAACACCUUUGUGCCGAUGAAUGUAACAAUGAGGAGUUGCUGAGGUCAAUUUCUACCUUCUGCAGUCUUACCACUCUUAGCCUUUUAGGAGGCGAUGAAGGAAUAACAUCCUUCCCAGAGGGGAUGUUCACAAACCUUACUUUUCUUCAAACUCUAGAAAUAUUUGGAUUCUCAAAAUUGAAGGAGUUACCAAAUGAACCCUUUAACCUAGCUUUGGAGCAUAUGAGUAUCUCUUGCUGCCAUGAGCUUGAGUCUUUUCCAGAGCUAAUUUGGGAAAGUCUACAAUCCCUUCGAUCUCUACAGAUUUCUUAUUGUAAAGAAUUACGAUGCUUGCCAGAGGGUAUUCGAAACCUAACUUCUCUUGAGGUUCUGGAUAUUAUUGGAUGUGCAACAUUAGAGGAAAGAUGCAAGGAGGGAAUAGGGGAGGACUGGUACAAGAUUGCACAUAUUCCAAAAGUGAAGAUUGUGCGGCGAUGAUGGUGUUGCUUCUAAUUUGAAGAGGAUUGUCACGUUUCCACCAAAACUGGCUUUUGUUGAAUUCGUCGGAACCUUUUCCCAUGAAUAAUCCUUUGUGCAAAUAUACAAAUAAUUGUGCAGAGAGGAUCCUAAUAUUCACUUUCAGUACAUUGAAGAAUGUAAGAAGGGGAAUCACUUGUUUUUGUGUGUCAUGCUCCGCAGUGGAAGUUCUUAAGAUAUUAGUUGAUUGAGGUGCUCCAAAAAUUCUCAAAAUGUGCUUUGUUAUGGAAAAUAAGAUUCGCAACUUCUUGUCAGGAAAUUGUGCUCUAUAUAUAAACCAGAAACAAUUUCCUUUGGUUUACACUAUGUAUUUGAUUUUACAGUCUCCUCAUUGUUUCAAUGAUUGUUAGUUAUCCAUUUAUUUC